AUGCACAUCUACUGCUCGCCACCAAGAUUCGGGCGCGGGAGCGCCCAGGUAAAAACUAUACAUGGAAGCGAUCGGGGUGGCGACACCAUAAGCCCCUGGAAUAUAAGUGCUUGCCGCAAGGGGUCGGGUACCACUCAGCGUAUAUGCAACAGCAUCGAGUGUACAGGUGUAUCUCGAGUGUCACUAAAGGAAACCAGUACGGUCGCCCCUGGAUCAGCUAUUCAGGGGCGCUGGAUUGGUAAUGUGAUUACUAUAGAUAGUCAAUCACGAGAUGGAACUAAGACUAUGACAUGGGUCAUACAGGUGUAUACAAGAUAG